AUGGCGGUCGACGCGAUCCGCAGAUUCCACCCCGACCAGCUCUCAGAUAUUCCUGAUCUGCCGAUUGAAGACCAGUAUCAGCAGGAGUUCUACCGCUGCCUCUUCCCACUGCUCAUCGAACGCCACAUCACCGUCGCCCCGGAGUAUCUGAUCAAGACGGGGAUCCGGAGCGGGCGGAUCGAUUUCCUGGUGCCUCAGAAGCAGUGGGGGGUGGAACUGCUUCGCAGCGGCGACCGGAUCCAGCAGCAUAUGCAACGCUUCAAAACCAAGGGGCCGUACUUCCCCCUGCUGAGGGAGAAGCUGAUCCAGGAAUAUAUUGUUCUGAAUUUCACCCGAACACCACCGCGGAAAAGCUAUCCAGCAUAUCGCGGUCAUCUGUAUCACAUUGUCUUCUCGGAAGAUUUUCGAAGUGUCCGCGUCGUCGACGCCUCCGAUCUGAGCGAAGUGAUCGCCUUCGUUCUGGGCUAA